AUGGGCCAAACUCUCAAGAGCAGCCAUAUGGCCAUCGUCUUAGGCAUCGGGCUCGGGGUGGUGGUGCUCAUCAUAUUGAGUCUCAUUCUCACAAUCAUCGUCAACCGGCGUGACCACGGCUCCUUCCUGCACCAGCACAAAGGCCCUGACGAGCGGCUGCGCAGGCUCGACGCUGUCUCGCCCACCUGCACGCUGGAGCAGUGGUGGUCCAGUACCAAGGGCAAGCUGGGGCUCUCUGAGGGUGUGGAUGGCCAGUUUGUGUGGUGA